AUGGGUACAAGUGCAUUGCUCAUCUCUAACCCUAAUUUCAAUUUCCUCAAAGCCUACUCACUCUUCCAAAUCGACCCCAUCACGCUUCUCACCGCGAACGCCAACAACAUCUCUUACCCAGACGUGGAGCACCACAUUCUCCCUCGAAGCUCUUCCUCAAAGUCCCCAUCUCCUGCUCUUGCGUCAACGACAUUCGCAAAUUCGUCGCUACUCACUACAAGACCCGCCCCUCCGACACCCUCCUUCAUCGCUGACGUCGCCUAUGCCGGCCUCGUCUCCUCCAACCAGCUCCGCGAGGCUAACUCCAUUUUCGACCCUUCAGUUCUUGAUGUGGGCCAAAACCUCGUCAUUCCUCUCCCUUGCACCUGCUUCAAUAGCUCCGAUAACUCUCUCCCUGCGAUUUACCUCUCUUAUGUUGUUCGCCUCGUUGACACCCUUGUUGCCAUUGCUGCUAGGUACUUCACGAUGAAUGUUAAUGCCAUGGGAAGCACUGCUAUCAACGACGAAGAUAUCCUCACUGUUCAAAUACCUGGUAAUUAA